ACUUCUGGCCAAGUGGCUGAGUACGGAGUCAUGUGGGUUGAUAAAGUUCCACGUUAAUCCAGAAUCGGUCACACGCUGUGGUGUUAAAACCACACUCUGAUGAAGAAUUUGGCACUGAGCUUUCAGACUGCAUCGCAUCCAAACUGUUAUUUCACAUUCAGCGUUCAUUAGGAAACAGGAGCAAUGCUUCAAACACAGGUGGUCCAGCUGGAGUCAAAGGAAUACAUGCAGCAAAUAAAAGAUCAUGGAGGAGAAACCACAGCCAUAAAAUAUGAUAAAAACAUUGUCAGAUGUAAUUGUCAACUUAUCAUAACCUUGCCUGAUAAAGUCAAAAGGUUUGGUGAUUGGCUGAAAGGGCAGAGUAUUAUCUUUCUAUUUAUUGACUGGAAUUUGCGUGGAAUUGCUCAGGUGAUGUUUGUCAACAACUCAUUGAGUGGGUUAAUUAUUUUGGUUGGACUGAUUUUACAAAAUCCGUGGUGGGCACUGAACGGUUUCGUGGGAUUGGUGUUCUCAAACUUGACAGCACUUUUGCUCAGUCAGAACAGAUCUGAUAUUGCAGCAGGGCUUCAUGGAUACAAUGGCAUCUUGGUUGGCUUCAUACUGGCUACAUUUUCUAAUAAAGGAGAUUGGUAUUGGUGGCUGUUAUUGCCAGCGACCGUGAUGUCAUCAUUAUGCCCUGUGCUUUCAAGUGCUUUGGCCUCUGUAAUGGAAAAAUGGGAUCUGCCUAUUUUCACACUGCCUUUUAAUAUUAUUCUGUCGAUGUUUAUGGCUGCUACAGGACAUAACAACCAACAUUUUCCCCAGGUUCUCAUUCAACCUGUGACUGGACCAUUCAAUGUCACAUGGGCAGAUCUCAGUGUUACCAUGCUUCUUAGAGCUGUCCCGAUGGGUGUUGCCCAGGUGUUUGGCUGUGAUAAUCCCUGGAUUGGUGGUGUGUUCCUUAUUGCAUUAAUUAUCUCAUCUCCAAUUAUAUGUCUGCAUGCUACAAUUGGAUCCUGUCUCGGUAUACUCGCAGGUAAGAUUGUAGCAGAAGAUUCUGGAAAAAGUGAUGUUAAGUCCAUGUUUGGAUUACCUGCAGGAACUUGGCCCUUCUGCCUUUCCGCACUGGUGUUUCUACUGAUUACCAGCAACAACAAAGCUAUUUAUAAAUUGCCACUCAAUAAAGUGGCCUCCCCUGAGGCAAACAGAAAAGUUUACAAGCUGCUGCUGAAACAUGACCAAUAUGCAUAAAAAGGAACAUUGUGUAAAAUUUUGGAAUGGAAAGUCUUUGUUUUGAUCCUGUGGGUAAAUGUAUGGCUCAAUCUUAAAGUGCAUGUGGUAAAAUGCUCACUUGUAA